UGGCGUCAACCGAAAUCCGGUGUUUAUUUUUAUUUAUUACUUUAUUGUCUAUUUUGUGGUGAUAUGAUUAAAUAUAAAUGUAAACACUUAAUAAAUGUGUGUAAGUGUUAAAUCAAUGGCUACUAUUAGCGUGGCUAAGGACCCACUGGGUAACAAUUCUGACAGAAAUGAAUCUUCAUCUGACGAUGAGUGUUUGCUGGAUUUGAAACGAAAAUACAAUCUUUCUAAGGACAUUAAAAUACAGCGGAAAUAUGAUAAUGAUAGUGAUGAGCACGCGAUCCUUCCUGAAGUCUUGGUUAAAGUAGAAGUAGAAGAAAUUGAUGACGACCAACCCUUAGAUUAUACGAAUAAAAGCGAUGCACCCCCGCCAAAGAAGAAGAAAAAAAGGAAGGUGGUGUCAAAACCAAGGACAUUUCCCUGCCCAUCAUGUGACAAAGUUUUUGAUAGAGCUCCUGAAUUAAGAGAGCACUCUAUUGUGCAUCAGGUUCAAACCAGACACAAAUGUGAGCAUUGCGGCCGAUAUUUUAACAAGGCGUUUAGUCUACGGAUGCAUAUGCGCGUACAUGUGGGUAGGGAGCUUAAAUGUCCACUAUGUGACCUCACCUUUUCAAUGAAAAUAAAUUUGGGUCGUCAUCUGAUGUCGCAUGAGCGUACCGAAGAGUGCACGCAAUGCCCCGCGAAAUUUCAUACCAAAAAGGAACUGGAUGAUCAUAACAAGAGCCACAUGGAGAGUCCACCUGAAAAUAAGUCAAAAUCAAAAGGAUCUCAAUCUAAAACUGAAGGCACCAACAUCAGUGUCAAAGUCAAAGUAGAGUCUGAAGAUCAGAGUGAAGACUUGAAUAGCAGUACAGAACCAGAACCACCAGUUCCUCUAAUAAAACACGACGGAUUCAUCAAGCGCGACCAGUUAAGUCAUCCCACACAAUGUGCUAUAGUUAGUAAAAUGCAUAAAGGAAGAUCAAUACCUGAUAUAUGCCGGCUCUACAAUCUAACGCCUGAAGUAGUCAACGAGAUUUGGGAGGAUCGCGAAAAGUAUAUAUUACCCAAAAAGGCAGGUAAAAGAUCCACCAAGUACAUGAACAAAAUAUUGGAUAAUAGAAUAGUGGAAUGGUUCCAUAAUCAACGUAGUCAAAAUAUACAGGUCUCAGGGAAAAUGUUGCAAGAUAUUGCAGAGGCUUUUGCCAAAGACUGUGGUUUUGUUGCAUUCAAUGGUAGCAAGAAGUGGCUAGAUAGAUUUAAGAAGAGAUACAGCAUAUGCUUGAGAGGAACUCCAUCUAAACGUGAUUACCACAAUUUAUCAAUUGAAUCCAAGUGGAAAAAGCAAUUCUUCAAGGAGAACUGGUGUGAUGUACGAUUUGGUAUACCUGAUGAGGACAUCUACACUGCAGAUGAGGUAGGUCUAUAUUACAAUCCUUCUAAAGGCCGGAUCAAGAAAUUAGGCGGUAAAAAAUUCAUCCAAGGGUAUGCAAAAGAUCGGUUAUCUAUAUUUAUGUGUACAAAUGUCUCCGGACUUGAUAAAAAGAAGUUAUUUGUUUGUGGUAUUGAAGACCCAUUGUUACAUUCGCAUAGAGAUCCCGAUACACUACCAGUUACGUACAUAAGACAUUGUCAAGCGCAUUUCACUACAUCUAUGUUUGAAGAAUAUGUUAAAUAUUGGAAUAGGGAGCUACAAGUUUUAAAUAAGAAAGCGGUAUUGAUACUAGAUCGUGCUACAAUACAUACUAAAUUGCAAUUAUCUCAUUUGAAACUAGUCUUCGUCCCUUGGAAAGCAUCGACAGGAUUGAUGCCUAUAAAGAAUGGCAUAUUUAUUCGUUUUAGGGAAGAAUUUCGUAGAUUGAUCAUAGAGGAAAAGGCUAUGAAUGCUUUAAGGGGGAUUGAUAGAAACCUGACGUGUUUGGAAGCAUUGCAUAUUGUCCAAAAAGCAUGGGAUCGGACGCCACCAGAAAUAAUUACUAAAGCAUUUAUUGAUACAGGUUAUGAUGUGAAAAAGUUUGAUACACCUUCUGUGGAGAUACCAAAAAUAUAUGAUAAUGACGAAGAAAUGAUGUGUAAUAUGUUGAAAGACUAUGAUGUUGAGUCCUAUUUUACUGACUUGUCAAAUUUAGAUAUGUAUUUGACGGUAGAUGAAGAAUUAUUGACUGGUCAAGGCACUAAUGGGUCUGUAUUUGGGGGGAAUCAUAAAGUAAUAGAGCCAGUAGCAUUUGCUGAUAAAGAAAAGGAAGAAAUACUGCCACUUGCUACUGAAAAACCAGAAUCGGAUGAGAAGGAGACUAUUAUUAAGAAAACGAGAGCGCUAGAAGAUUUAGAGACAGUGCGAAGGUAUCUGUUGUCGAAUAAUACUAGUUAUGAGACAUAUUGUUCGUUCAUGGAAGUAGAGAAGUGUAUAAUGAAAAGCCCUAUUGAAUAUAAAUAAUUGUUAAUAUGUUUAUGUUGAUUAGUUUAUAAGCUUUUGUAAUGAAAGUAGUUGGAGUAAUUUGUAAGGUGGAUUAUACCGUAAGACAAGCAGCGACUGUAUAACUUAAUAAAUUUUAUAGACAAGAUAUAUUAAUAUUUAUUUAGCAAAAUAACAGAUUUCUAUACUAACACGGGCCCACUUGGUUGCUAUGCAGCCUAUCUCUAUCGAGGGAGCAUAGCAACCAAAUGCACUAAUCGGCGUCCAUCGGAACGUUAGUCACAUUUGAAUAACGACUAUGAUGUCAGCCUAUUUAGUGUAAUUGGUUAGUUCUUUAGUUUUUUAUUCAGAUAUAUUGUCGCUAUAGAAAUGGAAUUACGGUGUUUGCCAUCUCAUAUUUGAUUACUUCGCAUGUUAUGCCAUGGCGUAGGUGACAUACUCUAAAACAUUUUUGUUUUUUGAAGUCAAAAUUGAGCUUUUAUAACA